AUGGUUGUGAGCGCGGAGGCACUGAGUGAGAUCCAGGCCAGUGUCACGCAGGCCCAAGAUGGGCAACUUGUGCAAGCGAUGCACAAGCUCAUGAAUGCGUUGGCCAAGCACGGUCUGGUCCGCACCUCACAGUUGAGACCUGAUGAAGUGGGGCGCCACCCCAUGAACAGGGACGGAUUUGGUUUGUCACCCCAUGACGUCCAUGCACUUGUGGACGGUUUGUCGGAGGUUGGGUGGGACUCGAGAGAGACGAAUCCAAUUUGUGGGGAAAUUUCAGAUCACGCCAUGGCGCUAGGAUUCAAUGAAGCCUUGGCGACGAGUUCUCGGGGCCUCCUGUCGCCUGUCCAAUCAACCCAAAUGCGGUAUGCAUCGUUGGCAAACUCACAUACGAAUGCUGCCUUACGAUGUUUGGCCCAUGAAGUUGCACACACUGAGACAGAGUGUGCGCUGGUGCUUGAGGGCAGGCUCUCUAUGGCCAGGGCCAAGAGCCAUGACCCACAGUUGUUCAAGGCUGCGCAGGAGGGCAUGGUUUGGAGGGUGAUUGCGAGAGAAGCUCUGGAGAUACAUGGCGUGGCCCAAUUGAUCCAAUCAGCUUCCAACACCAGUGGCCAUUUACAACGGGGAGAGCAUGAAUGGCAAAUCUUGCUUCGCAUGAAGAGCCUGAUUGAAAGGUCCACCUCUCCUCCAGAGUGGAGCCAGGUUCGGAAGGAGAUCUGCAGAACCAAACCGGCUUGCAUCGAGGCCACACCAUACAUGUACCAAUUCCUCCUGAGAUUCAUGCACAAGGAGCUCUUGGGAAAGGUCGAGGAAAGAAUCAAGAAGAGUGUGAGCUCAAAGAAAUCUUUGGGCGCAGACUUUUACAUGGCCUUGAGUGGGAACUCCAAAGAUUGGAAGGUGCAGGGUCUUUUGUUUCGGCAUAUGCUGCUGGCUCUGGCCUACACAUCAGACAGGGUGCAGGCCAGCGAUUGUCGGCGCAUGCUGUCGAAGGAUUUCAGCCAGAAACUCACCGCCGCAGAAGAGAUGUCUACCAAGAUCUUGAAGAUGUUGAAGAAGGCUGAUGUCAAGGAGAAGGGCACUGAUGUACAGGAAAAGUACGAAACUUUCCAAGACUCGCUGGUGUUGCAAGCCUUGGAGAAGGUCAAGGCGACUCCAGAAUCCGUGGCGUGUGAGUUGAUGGAUGAACUUGAGGAGCUUCUCGGCACGCGGCUUUCCACCGAGUUCGAUGAUCAUAGGAAAACUACCAGUUCCAGUGCACCUCCUGCAGGAAGCGCGGGUCCCUCAGCAGCUUCGCCGCUCCGUGAGUACGAUGAGUUUGGGAAGCUCAAGGAUGAGGCCGUGCUGGUGAGAGAGCACGGUUUUGUUCAGGGCGCUUCGAUUGUUCGAAAGAAGGACAAAGUCAGGGCCACAAUUGAGAAUGUGACGGGCUCGAAGGUCAAAUUGUCUUUGGACGCGGAGGAUGACGGCGACUUGACUGAUUCCUUCCUGCAGCCGUUUUGGAUGGUGAAGAGGACCCAUGUCCUUGAAGAGGCCAAUUGUGAGAUUCGCCCAGACUUGCAGGGUUCAGAGAACAAUUCAGUCAAAGUCCCAUGUAUGUACAACACAGUUGCUGUGAGUGACAGAGAUGAGCUGGUUGUGUACGUGCCUCAAGUGAACGUGGACGAUGAGCUAGAGGCCCUAUCUCGCAUUGAGGCUGCGCCCCCGGCCAAGCGUUUCAGAACCAAAGCCAAGGACUAG